AUGAUAUUCAGUGAUGAUAAGAUGUUGGGGUCUGGAAGCUUUGGAAAAGUUUUCAAGGGACAACUGAGCAACGGUUUGAUGGUUGCAAUAAAAGUCCUAGACAUGCAGCUGGAGCAGGCUAUCAGAAGCUUCAAUACUGAGUGUGGUGUAUUGCGCAUGGCACGACACCGCAACCUCAUAAGGAUACUCAACACCUGUUCCAACUUGGACUUCAGAGCACUUGUGUUGCCGUACAUGCCUAAUGGUAGUUUGGAGAUGCUCCUACACUACCCUCAAGGCUCAACAUAUUUGGGGUUCCUUGAGAGGCUAGGCAUCAUGCUUGAAGUGGCACUGGCAAUGCAGUACCUGCACCAUGAACACCAUGAGGUGGUCUUGCACUGUGACUUGAAGCCUAGCAACGUGUUGUUCGAUGAGCACAUGACGACACAUGUGGCAGACUUUGGCAUCGCAAGGUUGCUACUCUGGGAUGACACCUCUGUGAUCUCUGCCAGCAUGCCUGGGACAAUUGGCUACAUGGCACCAGAGUACGGGUCCCUUGGAAAAGCAUCACGGAAGGCUGAUGUGUUCAGCUAUGGGGUCAUGCUCCUUGAAGUCUUCACUAGAAAGAGACCAACCGAUGCCUUUUUCAAUGGAGAUCUAAGCCUUAGGCAAUGGGUUUUUGAAGCGUUUCCUGCGGAACUCGUCCAUGUUAUAGAUGUCCAUCUACUCCAAGGCGCUUCUGGCUGCAGCUUUGAAGGGUUUCUAGCGCCAGUAUUCGAGCUGGGUUUGCGCUGCACCAGCUUCGCACCUGACGACAGGAUGACGAUGAGCGAUGUGGUUGUGAUGCUGGAGAAAAUAAAAAAGGAAUAUGCUAAAUCAGCACUUGAACAGAGUCAUGCAUCCGAAUGA